AUGGCGAGCUUCCCUGCUCGCGGUGGCGGCCGCGGCGUCCCCCCGCUGCUGCUGCUGCUGCUGCUCCGGCGCGCGCGCGGCUGCUCCUCCCAGUGGGCUCUGGCCGUGGCCCGCUCCCCACUGCCCGGGCGUCCGCGCUGCUGCAGCGGCGGCCCCAGCGCCGCCCCCGGGCCGCCGCCAUCCCUGGGGCAGGCAGCGCGGCUCGCGCGGCUCCUGGGGCUCCGCGCCGGGCCCUCCGGCAGCCGCAGGUGCAGGACGACCGGCGCGGGCGAUGGGCCGGCUCAGAGAGCCGCUGCUGCCCGGGUCGGGAGUGACGGCUCGGCGACGGUCGCGGCGGGAAGUGGCGGCGGCGUCCGCGACAAUUCCCCGCAGCCCCCGCCGGCCGCCGGCGGCUCCGACGCCAAGAAGCUCCUGGGCUUGGCGUAUCCCGAGCGCUGGAGGUUAACAGCUGCAGUUGGAUUCCUGACUGUGUCCAGCGUUGUUACCAUGUCGGCUCCCUUCUUCCUGGGAAAGAUUAUCGAUGUUAUUUAUACAAACCCUACUGGGGACUAUGUAAACAACCUGACCCACCUCUGCAUCCUUCUGAGUGGAGUAUUUUUGUGUGGUGCUGCUGCUAACUCGGUUCGUGUCUACCUCAUGCAGACCUCAGGCCAGCGCAUUGUGAAUAGAUUGAGAGGAAAUUUAUUCUCCUCUGUUCUAAAGCAGGAGGUUGCCUUUUUUGAUAAGACCGGGACAGGGGAGCUGACUAACCGUCUGUCCUCAGACACAGCGCUUCUGGGGCGCUCCAUAACUGAAAACCUCUCUGACGGGCUGAGGGCCGGAGCACAGGCCUCAGUUGGCAUUGGAAUGAUGUUUUUUGUUUCUCCCAGUCUGGCUGCAUUUGUUUUGGGUGUGGUACCUCCUAUAUCUAUCCUAGCAGUGAUUUAUGGACGGUAUCUACGAAAAUUAACACAGAUGACUCAGGAUUCCCUUGCACAGGCCACACAGCUAGCUGAAGAACGGAUUGGAAACAUAAGAACUGUCCGAGCUUUUGGAAAAGAACUGAAUGAAAUAGAGAAAUACACCAGCAAAGUGGAUCAUGUGAUGCAAUUAGCAAAGAAAGAGGCAUUUGCUAGGGCAGGCUUCUUUGGAGCAACAGGAUUCUCUGGGAAUCUGAUUGUACUUUCUGUCCUCUACAAAGGUGGAUUGCUGAUGGGCAGUGCCCACAUGACAGUGGGUGAACUCUCUUCCUUCCUAAUGUAUGCUUUCUGGGUUGGAAUAAGCAUUAGUGGCCUGAGUUCUUUCUAUUCAGAGUUGAUGAAAGGCCUAGGUGCUGGAAGACGCCUCUGGGAGCUCCUUGAGAGAAAGCCAGUACUCCCUUUUAAUGAGGGUACUUUAUUAGAUGAAGAAACCUUCCAGGGUUCUCUAGAGUUCAAAGGAGUCAAUUUUGCUUAUCCGGCUCGCCCAGAGGUGAAGAUUUUCCAAGAUUUUAGCCUUUCAAUUCCAUCUGGAUCCAUCACAGCACUGGUUGGCCCAAGUGGUUCAGGGAAAUCCACAGUGGUAUCACUUCUAUUAAGGCUAUACGAUCCUAUCUCUGGAACUAUCACUGUCGAUGGUUGGGAUAUCCGUCAGUUAAAUCCGGUCUGGCUGAGAUCUGAGAUUGGAACAGUGAGCCAGGAGCCGAUUCUGUUCUCUUGCUCAAUUGCUGAAAACAUUGCGUAUGGUGCAGACAACCCUUCCCUGGUGACUCUUGAAGAGAUCCAGAAAGUUGCUGAUAUAGCUAAUGCUGCUGCUUUCAUCAACAAUUUCCCCCAAGGCUUCGAUACUGUGGUUGGGGAAAAAGGUGUUCUGCUUUCAGGUGGGCAGAAACAACGAAUUGCAAUUGCUCGUGCUCUGCUGAAGAAUCCCAAAAUUCUUCUACUGGAUGAAGCCACCAGUGCACUGGAUGCUGAAAAUGAGUAUCUUGUACAAGAAGCUCUAGAUCGAUUAAUGGAAGGAAGGACUGUAUUGAUUAUUGCCCAUCGUCUGUCUACCAUUAAAAAUGCUAACAUGGUUGCUGUUCUUGAUCAAGGAAAAAUUACUGAAUGUGGAAAACAUGAAGAACUUCUUUCAAAUCCAGAUGGGCUAUAUAGAAAAUUAAUGAAAAAGCAAAGCUUUAUUUCAGCAUAAUGAAAUAUACAAUAUACAGUAAAUCUAUGCCAGAGACUUUAAAACAAAGCAACAGACGGGGGAAAAAAAGCUUGGAGGAUAUGUAUGAAGUCUAUAAUUUAAGCUUCAAGUUAUUUGAAACAUAUAUUUUUGCAAAGUAUACAAAAUACUGUCUUGAAACUUAACUGUGUUCAAAACUUUUUAUUCAGAGUUUUAAUAAUUAUUGUAACUUUCUAAAUGUCUAAACCACCAAAAUCAUUUUAAGGUUUUAUAUAAUUUCUUUUGUCUUGUUAUAUACUAGAAUAUAGUGUGGCAUAUAGUUUUCUUUUGCCUCUUGGUAUAUACAUUGGAAACAUUGUCAAAUGAUAAUUUUUUAAAGGGAAAUUAAAUUUAAAAGCCUGAUUACUCUAGGCCAGUUUAACUUUCUGUGUAAUUCCCUUAGGAUGUUCCUUUGCUUCAUGGCCCAAUUGCUAUCUUGGGAGAGCUACAUAAAAUGAGAAUACAGCCCUUUUAAAAACAUUAUUUUAUUGAUUCUCUUUCCUUUUUAUAUAACUGUUCAUUCUCAGUGAUUACUCCUGGCCUCCAGUAGACACCUUCCCUUGUAAGAAUAUACGCUUAAGCAAAACAAAUCCAUACAUUGGCCAUGACUGAUAAAAUGUGCCUCGGGUUUUUUUUGUUUUUUUACCUAGAAUUUCCUUCCUACCUUUUUUUUUUUAACCAAGAUGGCAAAGGCAGCCUUUGAGAAGGCAGACUUCACUGUAAUUCCUUUGAAGUUACAAAAGUCUUUGCAUUGAUCCGGGUUUUAAUGUCUUUCAGUAUUGUUUCCUUUUUAAAUUACUGUGGUCAUUAUAUUAACUGUAUGUGCUAAGCCUUACUACAUAAUUUUAAGAAUUAUAUAUAAAAUUAGAAACUUAAAGUGGGUAAAGGGUAAAUUGAUAUUGAGUCACAUUCUUUUCCGGUUUGAAGGGUUUGUGAAUUAUUUGGAAGUACAUGGGGCAUAACUGAAGAGGUGAUAUUUGUUUUUAACAACUUUGUGCUAUUCUAGAGAGCUUCAAAAUAGGGGAAACUCAUUUUAUAUAUUUUUACUUAAUACAUGUAUGUGUUAAUAUGAAUGCUUUGGGAAACAAGAGAAGAGCUGCCAUCUAGCUGUCAGUUCUCCACUUGAUAUCGUGCAAUGAAUUUUACUUACGUGGAGGUUGAAGACUUGGUGAAUAACCUAAAAACUGGGUAAUUUCUCAGGCAAACCAAAAUUUUCAAUUUUGUAUACAUUGGCUAAAUUUCCUUGAAUUUAAGGCUGAGAUAUUGAGAUUUCCAACCUUGAAACAUUUGGAGAUCUUUUAUAAUUAGUGUCUUUUAUAAGACAAAAACAGUAAUUACAAUUAAAAAAUAAUCACUGUUGAAUGUAAAACUUAAACAGCCUAUUUUUCUUUCAUUCAUAGCAGUAAUCUUAUCUCAAAUUCCUAAAAACAAGACUGAAAACCACUGGACUUACUUUCCAUAUCAGUACCAUUAAUUUUCAUGUUGCCUCAAAACAUGUGCUUUUUGUACUCAUUUUAAGUUGAUAACUAGGAAGUGAUUUUUUUUUAAAUGAAAGUCUUCCCUUAUGCUAGGUCUUCAUUAAUUUUCUCAUUACACUGCAAGGGUGCAUCUGUGAGACAGAGAGAGAGAGAGAGAGUUUGUGUGUGAACAAAAGAAUCAUGUAUUACAUUUUAUUUCCACAUAAGGGAAUUUAUUAAUAAAUGGCCAUAUAUUCUGAAUCAGCCAAAAAAAAAAAA